AGGAGCAUCUGGAUCACUGCCACACUUCAGCAACCUAGAGUUGUUCACUUCCAUGAAGAAUCGGUCCAUCUGGGCCUGCAAACACAGCGGAAAACUGGCCUCCGCAGCUUAGCGCUUGGUUGAUUUCGACCUUUGAUUGUCAGUUAUAGGAACCGGAGCAGGAACAGAGGGAGGCGGAUCCGAGAGGAAAACAGAACGCUGUGUUACGGGGAGUGACCGUGAUGAUGGCGUCCCACGGUAACACCGGCAGCGCCUCCAGCCCGAUGGUCAUGCUCGCCCCCAAAACCAAAACCAAAAAGAAACAUUUCGUGCACCAGAAGGUGAAAGUGUUCCGAGCGAGCGACCCAAUGCUCAGCGUGUUCAUGUGGGGCGUUAAUCAUUCGAUAAAUGAUUUGAAUCAAGUUCCAGUGCCUGUCAUGCUGCUUCCUGACGACUUCAAGGCCAACACCAAGAUUAAAGUCAACAACCAUCUCUUCAACAAGGAGAAUCUUCCGAGCCAUUUUAAAUUUAAGGAGUACUGUCCACAAGUCUUCAGGAAUCUCAGGGAGCGAUUCGGAAUUGAAGAUCUUGACUACCAGGUGUCCCUGGCCCGCAGUGCUCCCAUGAGAGGUGAUGGACAGGGGGAAGGUCUUCUCUUCACGUCCUAUGACCGUACACUGAUAGUAAAGCACAUCACUAGCGAAGAAGUAGCUGAUAUGCAUAACAUUCUCUCCGAGUAUCACCAGCAUAUAGUGAAGUGUCAUGGCAGUACACUCCUCCCUCAGUUUCUGGGCAUGUACCGGGUUACGGUGGAGAGCGAGGACACGUACCUGAUCGUCAUGAGGAACAUGUUCAGCCACAGACUCGUUGUCCACAGGAAAUACGACCUAAAGGGCUCCCUGAUAGAUCGUGAGGCCAGUGACAAAGAGAAGGUCAAAGAGCUGCCCACUUUUAAAGACAUGGAUUUCAGAAAUAACAUGCAGAAGGUGUACGUCACCGAAGAGCAGAAAGAGAAGAUUAUGGAGAAACUAAACCGAGAUGUAGAGUUCCUGGUGAAGCUGAAGAUAAUGGACUACAGCCUGUUGUUAGGCAUCCAUGACAUGGCACGUGGCGAGCGGGAGGACGAGGAGGCCGAGGAGCCCAGCUGUGAAGAUGAUACUGAUCCUGAAAACGGCCUUGUGCCAGCCGUGCAGGUGGGCUCGUACGGCACGUCACCGGAGGGCAUCGCCGGUUACAUGAACUCCUUCAAACCCCUGGGACCUGGAGAAUUUGACCCUUAUGUUGAUGUAUACGCUGUCAGAAGCGCCCCAGGAGCGCCGCAGAGGGAGGUGUAUUUCAUGGGCCUCAUUGACGUGUUGACGCAGUACGACACUAAGAAGAAAGCUGCACACGCUGCAAAGACCGUUAAACAUGGCGCUGGUGCUGAAAUAUCUACGGUUCAUCCCGAGCAGUAUGCCAAACGAUUCCGUGAAUUCAUCUCCAAUAUUUUUGCAUAACUACUACUGGGUGUCUUUAGCAACACUUCAAGGUCACAUUUCACCCCAAAAUCAAAAGGAAAAAACAGAAAUUAUAUUUUGCGUAAAGAAAUCAGGUCUAAUUUUAAGACUGUUAAGUUAUUUUUCACUGUGACAUUAUUUUUAUGACAAUAAACACAUUUGCCCCUGUUA